GCAGUUGAGCUGUGAGUGUGUACAUGACAGGAUAUGCUGUGUUUCAUCCUCCUGGGAUCUGCCAUUUUGGUGAUGCUAGAAGCAUACAGCACUGCUGCUCCUCAACCCAGCCUCUGGAUGCUGCGUGAGACUCCAAGACCUGUGGGAGCACAGUGCUGGGGCCCCGGCACCUGGCCACACCCUGUCCACUGCCGUCUGUUCUCAGUGUGUCAUCUGGGCCCAGGUGGAAGCAUUGUGGGUCACAUGUUCCUUUGUCCACUUGGCAGCUACUACUCCUCAAGGAUCCAACGCUGUAUCACUAUGCAGGCAAUGAUGCCAGACUGUGCAACAUCUCUCGAGGAUGAUUCCCUGCUUGACAGCCUGCCAGCUGAAAGACUAUCCAGUAAGGCUUCUUCGCAGUUCAGAUGUGGAGAGGCAGAAGUUCCAUACUGUGCGAACAAUGAGACACUGGUGAUCUGUACACCAAAUAAGGCUUUUGUGGGGGUCGUAAACUGCUCGGCACAGCAUUUGGCAAGAAAAAGUGAACCACUACAAUGUGACAGGAGCACAAACAGAUGUACAAUUUCUUCAGUAUGGGAACUUCCUCAGCACGCUGCUUCAGAUACCGAAGAACUUCAAAGAAGUACCAAGAGCUACUCACAAUCAAUGGAGCCCUUAACAGUCUCACAGAGCCCUUUAGGAACAGAAACUGCCCUUCCUAACAUUUCAUUCAUGUUUCCUGAUUCAUAUGCCAAAAACAGGAGGACACAAGGAACAACCCCAAACAUACAACUACAGAUAACAAUACCUGACACAUCCAAUGAAGGUGAUUAUAACAAUGAACUUUAUGAUGGUGAUGAAGAAUAUGAAGUGUAUGACCUAGAAGGUUCCUUACCAAACUAUGCUGAUAUCAAGUGUGAACAGAAAGGGCUGCAGUGUGCAGAUAAGAAGACAAUUAUGGACUGCUCCGAAAAUUUUACACAACCAUCCUUCAUCCUGUCAUGCGCUUCUCUGCUCCAUAGUGAUGAUGGUGAGAAUGCUGUUGGUCACUGUGACAACGACACACGAUCCUGCAUCUUAACAAGCCAAAGCAUGUCUCUGUCACUCAAUAUCAAUACAGUCAUCAAUGAUAACUUCAAAGUAUGCGAGACUUACACUGGACUGCGGUGUGUUGAUAAUGAGACACUAGUUGCAUGUUCCGGUGAUGCUAACAGUACAUACUACAGAGUCUCUUGUAAAGGAGAAGCAAUGUCUGACACAGGAAGCUUUAUUCAGGGACACUGUUAUGAAAACAGCUGCAUGUUUGUAAUUGCUCAUCAGACCAACAACUCUGACAUGCAUGCUGACGGAAGUGAGAACACUGUAAGUGAUUACUUACCGACACCUGACACUAACAGCGCCAUAAGUCAACCUCUGUACAGCCACACAAAUAUAACAGAUGCUGAAGACAACCAUGCGGAACCAGACAUACUUAUUCAACAAGUUAAAGUAUUUGAUUUGUAUGAUGAAUAUAAGGCCUUGAAACACAAUUUAUCAAAGGCUGAAGAAGAAUAUUUCAUUGAUGACGAUGAGGAUACUGAAAUGCACACAACAAACUCAGCACCUACUAGAGACAACUAUCUGAUCACAGACAAUGCUGGAAACAUUUUACAUAUUACUCAGGAUGACUCACAGCACACUGACGAUGAUCUAACAUCAACUGAAGGAACGCAGUCAGUCACUGGAGAACCUUAUUUACACCUUGAAUUAGUUUCCUCACACAAUGACAACUCUUCUGAAGUAACCAACCCAGUCAACACAGAGAUUUAUUCCCGAACAUCUCCUAUGUUAAGCCUGAACCAAAUCCCUGCAUCUGUUUCUCAGACCAGAUUAUCCACCUCUGUAGCUACCCUCAUAGAAACCACUUCACACACUGCUAAAUCCAUUCUUACAGAAACCGUUCCUUUUGUCAAUAAAAUAAUAUCUACAGAAACCACAAUACCUACUUCAAAAUCCGUUCCCAGAGAAACUAUUUCCAGUAUCCCUGAAAAUAUCACAGAAACUAUCUCCUCUGUCUUUGAAACUAUCACAGAAACUAUUUUUUCUGUUCCUGAAACGAUCACAGAAACUAUUUACUCUGUCCCUGAAACGAUCACAGAGACUGUUUCCUCUGUCAUCGAAUCAAUUGAAGAAACCAUUUCCUCUGUCUUUGAAACUAUAACAGAAACUAUUUCCAUUAUUCCUGAAACUAUACUACCUACAGGAACAACGGCUGCUGUCUCUAAAUUCAUUUUCACAGAAACUACUUCUACUAAACCAGAAACUACAUAUACAGAAACCACAACUUUUGUCUCCAAAACCAUUCCAAAGGGAACUGCUUCACCUAUCUUGGAAAUCACAUCUACAGAAACCAUAAAUCAUUUCUCAGACUUUAUUCCCACAGUAACUUCUUCCUCUAGCCCUGAAACUGCAUCUACAGAAAUCACAAUGUCUGUCUCAGAAACCUUUCACAGAGAAACUGCUUAUCCUGUCCCUGAAACUGUAUAUACAGAAACAACGACCCCUGUCUCCAAACUCAUUCACAGAGAAACUGCUUCUCCUGUUCCUGAAACUAUAUAUACAGAAACCAUGACCCCUGUCUCCAAACUCAUUCACAAGGAAACUGUUUUCUCUGUACAUGAAAUUGCACCUACAGAAACUAUGUCCGUCUCAGAGACCUUUCAUGGUGAAACUGCUUCUCCCAUUCCUGAAGCUACAUAUACAGGAACUAUGACCCCUGUCUCCAAACUCGUUCACGGGGAAACUGCUUUUUCUGUACCUGAAACUGCAUCUACAGAAACUAUGUCUGUCUCACAAACCUUCCACGCAGAAACUGCUUCUCCUGUUCCUGAAACUAUAUAUACAGAUACCAUGGACCUUAACUCCAAAUUCAUUCACAGGGAAACUGAUUUUCCUGUACCUAUAGAAACCACAAUAUCUAUCUCAGAAACUUUUAAUGGAGAAACUGCUUCUCCUGUUCCUGAAACUAUAUACACAGAAACAAUGACUCCUGUCUCCAAAUUCAUUCACAAGGAAACCACUUCUCCUGUCCCUGAAACUAUACACACAGAAAUCAUGAACCCUGUCUCCAACUUAAUUCACAUGGAAACUGAUUUUUCUAUACAUGAAACUGUAACCACAAAAACCACAAAGUCUAUCUCAGACGGAGAAACCGCUUAUCCUGUCCCUGUAACUGUACACACAGAAACAACCGAAGCUACAAAAACUACAACCCCUGUCUCAAAAAUCAUUAGCAGAACCACUGCUGCUCCUGUCCCUGAAAUUAUAUAUGCAGAGACCACAAACCUCAACCCUGGUACCACAAUUCCUGCCUCCCACACCACAGGGCUUGUCUCAGACCCUCCAUUCACAGAUGUCAUAAUCCCUGUAUCCAAACAGAUACCCGCAUUAAACAUUCAGGAAGCAGACAAUGGCAGCACCACAGAACUACACUUCAAUCUACAAACCCCAGGUACAAACACAACAGUUGAACUUCUCUCUGAAGCCUUAAUUCCUCAACCUACAGUUGACAAGUCAGGAUUUAAAAGCACAACAAUAUUACCAACAGCAGAAACAGAGGAGCCUGAGCAUCUUGUAUCAGUGUCAAGUCCAACCAUGAAUGAAGUCUCGGAAGUAUCAAACACACAUCAGAAACAUGUCUGCCGGAAGGCAGGAAUACAGUGUAUGGACAGCCUGACCCUUGCCGCAUGCUUGCCUGAUCUGACUUUGAGCUACACUAUAUCAUGUCGGGCUCUUUUACCUUACAUGACGUCAGAACACCACGUCAUUUACUGCGACCAUAGAUUAGACACAUGUGCUCUGGCACCACUAAAGGACAGCUUUAAUUAAUUUUAUAAUUAUCCAAAUAUUCCACUCAAAUCUGCAAUUUAAUUCAAACUGACAUCUUUAAAUCCCAGGAUUGUUAUCAAAGAUACAUGUUACACAAGCACAUUAGCUACUGUAUGCUUUUUACUAUAAAAAGAUAAUCUGGAUUUAAGGUUUACACAGUGGUGAUUGUGAAGAGUGUCAUCUCAGUUGCAAUCUCGUUCAAUUCGGUUAAAGUGCACUGACAUUUUGGAGGAAUGUAUCACCUCCAUCUUAAGGGCCAAAAUAUAAGCCAGGAAAGGAAUCAGCAAUAAGCACCCAGAAAGCUUGGACCCCCAUGAACUACAUGAUAUUACAACCCAGAAGGUUGUACUCUUCAAAAACAAAAUUCAUUCUGUAGUUUUUAAAAAUAUCACAUACAAAAUGUUUCCAAAAUAACAUAUUUCAUUUUAAUGUUAAUGUGUAACGUAACUCUUAAAAUUCUUAUUAUGUGAUGUAUCUUCAUGUAUUAUAUGCUCUUGAAAAUAUUUUUGUUGUCAGGCUGAACAGAAGAUGCAAGAUUGCUGUAUUUGAAUGAUUAUGAAAUCUAUCAGUUAAAUUCUAACACAAUGGUACAAUUUCAGAUAUGAAAACAUGGGACAGUUUUCAUCAUCAAGACAUUGAGAGGCAGUAUAAUACAAGAGCAGAAAUUUUCCAAAUACUUUCUUUAUAAUCUUGCAUCUCUGUGUUCAUUCUUAAUAGGUCCAAACCUCUUAAAACAUAGUGGUAACUCUUAGAUCCCUCUUGCUUUAAUAUUAAAAAGCUCUGCAUUUUUCCCACACAGGGUAUUUGUACGUUUCAUAUGAUUCUUAGAAUAAAUAGCAAUUACUUCUUCAUACAACAUUAAGUGGUUGACUUUUGUUGUGGAGAUGCAGUGUUUCUUGUGAGCUGAUUUUUUUUUAAUAUUACAUGAAAUUAUUCAACAGUACAGAUAUUGCUCAUCAUACAGGAAUGCAUAAUUUCUCCAUCAUAUAUUCACUAUAUCAAAAAAAUUUUCAAGUAGUGGUUAUAGAUCUUAUUACUAGACUGCCAGAAUAACCUGUGUAAUAUUUCUAAACACUAAGCAAGAUGGCUGAAGUGGUAACACUUCUGAUUUGUAUUCAGUAGUUACCCAGUUUGAAUCUCAGCAGAGAAUCCAAAGGGUUUUUGGUGGUUUCCUUCCACAACCUUUCUAAUUCAGUAUUCACUAAUCAUCCUAUCAUUCAGUGCCAUAUAGUUUGAGCUACUGACAGCGACUUUAAAUGGACAUAA